CCUUACACUACGCCUCCAUCUUAUGCUCCGCCUCCGUACCCUUAUCAGUCAAACCAUACCCAAACAGCACUACCGGCUAUACCAUACUACCCUAACGCUAGCUCGAGCCGACAGCCUUACCCGGGUCCGUCUCCAGGAUGCCACAAUCCGAGAUCUCGCUCAACUUGGAAUCAACAGGCAGUACCUCCCAGGGCGCCAAAUGCUCCCCCGGCUCCCCCGUUUCGAUCUCCCAGGGUAGUACUAACCCCCCAACACUCUGGAUCCGCGGACCCCAACCCAUUUAUGUACCUCCAGCACCACGCCUCCGGAAGCCCAUUCGCUAACUAUCCCGCUGCGCCAAGGACCGGACACCGACAAAUCGGACCAAUGGCCCCGGUGAACCUGGAUGAGCGGCCCGAGACAGUGUCGUUCUGGACAGAACAAGAGCUCUACCAGCGGAUGGCCGACAUAUUCAGGCCACUUGUAGGCAUCGUAGGACGCAUCGUCCGGGAACAGCUGUACCUGCAAGAGCAGCCAAAGGUCAAAUUCGACAUGUACCCAGUAAGGGCCGACGAUGUCACCGGCGUACCUUUGAUGGUGCCACAUUCCAUGUCGCGCGGCCCCAUGUUCCAAAUCACGCUGCCGGCUCCCGGGGGCACCAGGGCCGACCUCAAGAAGGUGCGGGACGCGCUGAAGAACGAGUUCGCGGUCCACGCCAACGCCUGGCACCGACAGGCCGGGUUCGUGUUCCGGAUCUCGCGGCGGCAUCGAGUAGGAGCGUGCGCUGCUGCGAAGAGGUCCUGGGUCCCGCCGUCGUGUGUCUACAGAUACUCGCGCACCGAGCGGUGCUACGUGGCGCAGUAUCUCUCGCCGAUCCUAGAGGAUCUUCAGGAGCUCGAUGCGGCUUUUGUCCACGGCGAUGAUAGCGACGAUGAUCAGGACGCGCUGGUGAAUGAUAUGUGGAGGGAUGUGCGGAGCCGGAGCUACUUUGGGUACUAUCAAGAUCCUAGUGCGUAGGUAGUUACAUAGGCAAGGAAUGGAUCAAGUAGGGGGUAGGAGGGAGACAUUGAUAUAAGAGAUUUCGAACUUCUGUCAUUGAAGCUGGGAGUUUUUACGGGGCUUACAUUUAUUAUCAUUAUCUUGGUCGAGUUUGUUUCCCGGUUUGGAUUGUCAGCGCGGGAAUAUACCAGUUUGGCGAUUGCUUUUCAGGAAUAGGAUAUUUCUCUUUCGAUGAAUAUAUAUAUUCACCAUCAUUGACUUUUCUACUUGCUAUCUUCAGUAUCAUUUCUGAAUCAGGGUAAUAGGCAGGCCAGUGAUGCUGUUUUCGAGUUGAAGCAGAGGUUAUACAGCGUAUCAUGAAAGACAAAGUAAAUCGUGUGGUAAAUACUCCGAUGAGCAGAAUCAGAUAAGUUUUAUUGAGAGCUUAUAUGAUAUAAAUUUAAAAAAAAACAUCCAACACGUGCACUCGCAUAC